AGGGCUUGUUAGGAGUGCAUAGCACAAAAAACCAAAAAAGGAGAACAAUUUCCUCUCAUCAAAAUUUCUUCAUUCAUCAUAAAGUAUGUCUUCUUCUUCAUUUUCAUCAUCCUCGUCAACUUCUUCUUCUUCAUUAUCAUCAUCCUCAACAGCUCUUCAAUGGUUAAGUUUAGUAGGAAUAAUUUGGCUCCAAUCCAUAAAUGGAACAAACACAAAUUUCCCAGCAUACUCUUCCCAACUCAAAGAGCUUCUCUCAAUCUCCCAAAUCCAACUCAACAACCUUGCUUUUGCCUCAGAUGCCGGAAAACUCUUUGGUUGGUUCUCUGGCCUUGCUUCUCUCUACCUUCCCCUUUGGCUUGUUCUAAUCAUAGGUUCAACUCUUGGCCUCAUUGGUUAUGGUGUUCAAUAUCUCUUCCUAACUAACCAUAUCUCAAAUCUCUCUUAUUGGCAUGUUUUUUUGCUAACUUUUCUCGCUGGCAAUAGCAUUUGUUGGAUCAACACAGUUUGUUAUGUUGUUACAAUAAGGAAUUUCUUGUCUCAUAGUCAAGUAGCUGUUGGAAUCACAACUAGUUACCAAGGUUUGAGUGCUAAGGUUUAUACCAAUGUUGUUGAUGCUUUUUUCUCACCACAACAGAACAAGGCUAGAGCAUUUUUGUUGCUAAACUCUGUUUUGCCAUUGGCAAUAGGGUUAAUUGUAGCUCCUAUUCUUAGACAAACCAAAGCCACUUCGAAUUCAUCAAGUGAUUAUUAUCUUGGGUUUGGUGUGAUUUUUGUGAUCACAAUUGCAACUGGGAUUUAUGCUGUGGUUAGUAUUUUGGAAUUUGUGUCUAGCAAAAUUUCAUCACUUGGGGUUUUAAUUGGUAUCUUAGUGUCACUUUUCUUGCCACUAUUGGUUCCAAUUUCAUUCAAGAUCAAUCAAUUAGUUAAGUCAUGGCAUGAAAAUAGGGAGAAGCUUAGAGUGUACCAUUACACUCUAGAGGAGAAUUACAUCACCAAUACUAAUAAUGAUGAGGUCAAAGAGAGUGAUGAAGAAGAAGAAAAAGAAGUGUGUGUUAGAGAAGAAAUUGGAGUGACUUUGAUGGUGAAAAGAAUAGACUUUUGGUUAUAUUUCUUUGUGUACUUUUUUGGUGCAACAAUUGGUUUGGUUUUUCUUAAUAACUUGGGACAAAUUGCUGAAUCAAGAGGAAGCUCUAACACUUCAUCUUUGGUGUCUUUGUCUUCAUCCUUUGGUUUCUUUGGACGACUCAUGCCAUCUCUCAUGGACUAUUUCCACAGGGGAAGAUCCAGAAUUUCAAGGCCAGCUUGCAUGGUAGCACUAAUGUCACCAAUGUCAUGUGCAUUUUUCUUGUUACAAAACAGCACCGAAAUCUCACUUUACAUCAGCACUGCACUCAUUGGCGUCUGCACCGGAGCAAUCACCUCUAUUGCUGUCUCCACCACAACAGAGUUAUUUGGAACAAAGAAUUUUUCGGUGAAUCACAACGUUGUUGUUGCCAACAUUCCAAUGGGGUCCUUCAUUUUUGGUUACUCAGCUGCUAUUAUCUAUCGUAAGGAAGGGUAUAAUAGUAAUAACAUUAAUCAUCAUGGCAAAUGCAUGGGAAUGGAUUGCUAUGCUAACACUUUCAAAAUUUGGAGUUGUUUUUGUCUUUUUGGAACCUUUUUAGCUCUCAUACUAUAUGUUAGGACACGCAAAUUUUACUCACAAAGAUAGUAAAAAAAAGAGACUUACACAUUGGGGGUGAAAUAUCAAAAUUACCCUUAAAAAAUUAUGUCGAUGACAAUUUUUUUAUUAAAAAUAAAAUAAAAAGGUUUUCAAUUUUAAUUGUCAGAGACAUAAUUUUUAUGGACAAUUUUGAUAUUUUAAUUUAUAAAUUUAGUUUCACCAAUUUUUAAAUAUAUACCGCCCUUGUGUUAUGUUAUUUUCAUUUUAAUUAUGUAACCAAGGGAAGAAGUUGUAACUUCUACUAUACCCCAAUCUUAGGUUAAGAUGUAGUAUUAGAUAAUUAAGUAGAUAAUAGAAUAGUAUUUUAGAAUAUAUGAUGAUGUAUAUAUGCAAAGAAUCGUACAUAUAUUACGACUGUUACUGACUC